AUGUUCGGAUUCAAGUUGCUCGCAGUCGCUGCGCUCGUCUGUGCUGUCGCUGCCAACGAGACCUGCGCUGCGCCCGUUACUGUCACCGUCACCGUCUCUGAGUGCGGCGGUCAGCCCGUCAACCCGGCUCCCACUCCUCCAGCUUCAGUCGCACCGCCUGCCCCUCCGGCUUCGUCGGUCGAGUCCACGGCAACUGCUCCACUGAGUGGUGAACCUGGGGUCCCGCACUCCACCGGCCCUGCCCCAGCUCCACCAGUUUCUGGUCCUCCUGCUGCUUCCCCUACGGAGGCACCAGUCGUUCCAGUCGUUCCCAGCUCGGGUGGUGCCCCAGGUGUCUCUGCUUCUGACGUCGUCACUUCUCCUGGCCAUGGUCCCUCUUCUGCUGCUUCGCAAAUGAGCACCACUGUUGUCCACACUUCUACCACUGCUGCUAAUCUGCACCCAUCUUCCAGUGGAGCUCCCGAGAUCUCUACCGCCGGCGCUCCCCUGGCGACCCCCCUGGCCAACAUGGGUUCGCUCCUGGUCGCAGGUGCUGCCGCUGCCAUGGCUGUGAUUGUCUAA